CUGUCGUCCGGUUGGCGAUGCGCGUCAGUUUGUUGUUAUUUCACCUCGUUCGCCCCAGCCUGCUUUAAAUCCAAGAUGGCUGCGGGUGACAAUAGCGGUCGCGCUCCUUGUCUUAACUUCUCCAGUCCUGGGCCCCUGGGCAAUGUUCAGCCCAGCAACAGUCCUUACGCCAUGGCUGCCAGCAACAACGGCGGGUCCAAUGGGCCGGUCGGUGGGCCUCAGGGGGUGACGAGACGGUCUAACCCACAACCGGGGCCUAACGGUGUUGAAGGCGGCGGUGUCGCAGCCGGAAAUCCGCCGAACAUGCAAAACUCUCUCCCGCUGCCUUCAGCACAGAGUGCCGCCAUCUCCGGGCAGGGUGGUGGUGCGAUGGCCGGUUCUGCCUCAAACAUGACAGGGGCAGCGUCAAACGCUGCUCUGGCACCACCAGCACCCCCAUCACAAUCCGCGGCGCUGUCCGCGCCACCGGCGGCAGCUGCCGUUUUGGUCUACCGUGAGCCCGUGUACAACUGGCAGGCUACAAAAAGCACAGUGAAAGAGAGGUUUGCUUUCUUGUUCAACAACGAAGUUUUGAGCGACGUUCAUUUUCUGGUGGGGAAAGGAAUGGGAGUUCAACGAAUACCUGCACAUAGGUUUGUGUUGGCAGUGGGUAGCGCCGUGUUCGAUGCCAUGUUCAACGGGGGCAUGGCCACCACAUCCACAGAGAUCGAGCUUCCUGACGUGGAGCCCGCGGCCUUCCUCGCGCUGCUGAAGUUUCUGUACUCGGAUGAGGUGCAGAUCGGCCCUGAGACGGUGAUGACGACACUCUACACGGCCAAGAAGUACGCUGUGCCCGCUCUGGAGGCACACUGUGUGGAGUUCCUCAAGAAGAACCUCCGUGCCGACAACGCCUUCAUGCUCCUCACACAGGCGCGUCUGUUUGACGAGCCCCAGCUGGCGAGUCUGUGUCUGGAGAACAUCGAUAAGAACACUGGAGAUGCUCUUGCUGCUGAGGGCUUCACCGACAUCGACCUGGAUACUCUGGUGGCGGUGCUGGAGCGGGACACUCUGGGCGUGCGUGAGGUGCGUCUGUUCAGCGCGGCUGUGCGGUGGGCCGAGGCCGAAGCUCACCGCCAGCAGCUGCAGCCCACGCCCGAGAACAAACGCCGCGUUCUGGGCAAAGCCCUCACACUCAUCCGCUUCCCCCUCAUGACCAUAGAGGAGUUUGCCGCAGGCCCAGCCCAGUCGGGGAUCCUGAUGGACCGUGAGGUGGUGAGUCUGUUCCUGCACUUCACGGUGAACCCCAAGCCUCGGGUGGAGUUCAUCGACCGGCCACGCUGCUGUCUCCGGGGCAAAGAGUGCAGCAUCACGCGCUUCUCCCAGGUGGAGAGUCGCUGGGGCUGGCCGGCACCAGGCAUCAAUGCUGCCUUAGCGUUCUCAGUGAACCGGAGGAUAUUUGUGGUUGGCUUUGGACUCUACGGCUCCAUCCAUGGCCCCACAGACUACCAGGUCAACAUCCAGAUCAUCCACACGGACAGUAACACGGUUCUGGGUCAGAACGACACGGGCUUCAGCUGUGACGGGUCGGCCAACACCUUCAGGGUCAUGUUCAAGGAACCGGUGGAGAUCCUGCCCAAUGUCAACUACACAGCCUGUGCCACGCUCAAGGGUCCCGACUCCCACUACGGCACUAAAGGGUCGCGAAAGGUCACCCACGAGUCGUCUGCCACCGGAGCCAAGACCUGCUUCACCUUUGGCUACGCCGCCGGCAACAAUAACGGCACCUCAGUGGAGGACGGACAGAUCCCCGAGGUCAUCUUCUACACGUAGUGACCUUUGACCCUAUGGAACCCCACCCCCCGGGGGGUCAGAGGUCAUUGUGGGGCGAGGAGGCCAUGACACUGUUUGAUCAGUUUGUUUGUUUGUUUUUGGUUUCUGCACUUGGGGAACUUUGAUUACCACCAGCCCUCACAGCACAGAAGAGGAUUAUAUUUACUUGAGAAAGUGUGUGUGUGGGUGUGUCUUUGGUGCUCAGAUUGUUGGCACAGGUUGGUGUAACGUUACUGAUUAUUUGUGGGGUGCGGUCUCCACCUCGGAUCAAUAACCGAACUGCAGGGGAAUUCUGACUCCUGACUAAAUGAGUGGAAAAAAGCAACAGAAGGAGGAAUUUCAUUUGGAACGAAUGAUGGUAAACGAAUGAACCCUGUUUUUGACACAUGAAUGAAUCUUUAUUUUGAUUGAAUGAGUGAUUGUUUCAAACUUUUUUAAUGAAUGAAAGAAAGAAUGGUUCUGAUAGAACAAAUAAGAAUGAGUGAGAACCCAAAUGAAUACCCAUGUUCUAAGAGAGUGAGUUCUGGAAUGUGGAAUGAGAAUCAUAUCUUUGGAAUGUUCUGAUCUGGAAUCCAGAAUGGACACACAACUCAUAAAGGAUGGACAAUCAUAGAUAAUUGACUGUUAGGCCCAAUUCACACCAAAGAUUCGCAACAAGACAAAACUGUUGCAGAAAGGAGUUGCAGCGGUGUGAAUUAGAUGUUGCACUUCGUUGCAAGCUGUCAUGAAACAUUCACCAUGUCUAGUCACAGUUGCAAGGUUUUAGAAUGUUGCAGCAAGUUGCUGGUUUAUAGAAUGUUGCAGCUCAUCUCAUUGCGAAUCUUUGGUGUGAAUAGGCCUUUAGACAGACCAACCUUUUGGGUGCUUUGGGGAUUCCUGGUUUUGAAUAUAGCCACAACAGCGAGAUCAUCUGUGUCUGCCUCAAUCUCAACCCCUCAUUGGCUCAAACAGGUGCUGGUUUCAAUAUCAGCCCCUCGAUGGCUCAAAACAGGGGAGAUCCUCCCCUUGUUCCGGUCUUGCCCAGUCCCCUUGACCUUUCACCCUUUGUGAGACUUUGUGCCAAGUGCCAAUACCUCUAUUUGUGGAGUGCGCCUUCUGGAAACAUCUGCCUAUGUGUAAGUGUGGAAGCACUAUUCUGUUAACGUACACAAUAUAUAUCCCUGAUGAACCUAUUCAAGGCCAGACAAAUUGUUUUUCAUAAACACACACACACACACACACGGUGUGUCAGGAUGAGAUUUUCUAAGUACCAGCCAUUAGGUCUCCCCAGACACAUAGCUCAAGUCCUUAGGGACUGGUCUUUUCGGACCUCAUGAUGCUCAGCAGGCUGGUUUGGCUCAGAUAGUGCUGGUCCAGUGUCAGUGUGGCUCUAGUUCUGGUUCCACUGGGACAGUUCUCCUUCUGGAACUGGUUCUGGUUCCACUGGGACGGUUCUCCUUCUGGAACUUGUUCUGGUUCCACUGGGAUGGAUCUCCUUCUGGGACGGGUCUUCAUCUGGGGCUGUGAAGCCAGGGUUGGGACUUGGACGUCUUUCUGGGUGGACAGACUUUGUGACGAGUGUACGCAUUGUCCAGUGGUGCAUUAAGAUGCCUUGGUGCAUUGGGAAGGGUUUAACAAGCAGUUCUAUUGAAGAGAAGUACUUUAAGUAGAGCAGGGGGAGCAUUGCAAUAUCACUAACAGGGCUGUUAUCAUGGCAUCAUUGUGUGGUGACUACAGUAUAAUGGGCUGGGAUAAGGGCACUUGUAGGCCAUAUGGGUCUAACGGUUUGUGGUUGGUCAUCUGUAAAGAUGAGGUCAUAUGUGUGUUAGGGUUUGGGGAUGGUCAUCUGUAAAGAGGCGGCCAUUGUAUCUCUUCCUGGACAAGUACAGGCACUCCAUGGGCUCUUUCGUCAGGCUGGACGUGCGUCUGACUCAGACACAGAACUGAAGAUGCUGCCCACGAUUCCCUGCUUGAUAAGAUUGUACCACAGAAAGAUAACUCUGAUGUACAUCAGGUGUAAAAACAACAUUAAAAGCCUCAAAGUGAAAUCUGUAAUUUAAAUAAAAGCCUUUCUGACAGCCAAAA